UUUGAGCACUGAGUCCUCCUGGCGUCUGGGCAAACGGACCUCAGGAAAUGUUUAUUUACUAAGAAUGGGAAGAAACCAGCAGAGAAGUCGAAAAUACAGGGAGAAUGGAAAACGAUGGGUUCAUCGAGGGUCCUGAGACUCCAGGAGAAUAUAUCGCAUCUAGUCCAGAACAACAGAGGAAACUGACCUCCGGCAGGGAAGCCAAUCUCCCACUUUCUCUGUCAAAGAGGACCAAAGAUAACUUGCUGAAUGGGAAGCCGCGGAACGGGAAGUGUGAGGUGUGGACACGGUUUUAAGUGGCUGCCCUGAAGGAGGAGAAUGGCAGAAGAGACUGCAGAGAAGAACACACGGGAGAGAGCUUGCAGAGACCCACUGAGUCCAGUGGAGACGCAAAAGCAGAACUGUCUCGGGCAAAGCUGGGCAAUUUUCUCCAACACUACUCUGGAGCCGACGGAAAAGCCCAGGAGGCUGACAACACGUUUGCGAGCAGACGCAAACAAGACGGCGAGAGCUCAAGCGAAAGACCUGUCUGCUUCACUGGACGCGAAGGGCAGUGCGAGAGCUGGGGGGACCGAGGAGCAGUCCCGGGCCACCUCGAGGAGCGCACGACCGAGACGACGGCCAGUCCGGCCUCCCCGCGGGCCUGGGACACCCCCCACCCCGCGCCCCGGCCCCGUCGCUGGGACACACUUACCAGCAGGCCCUCCACGUUGAUGGGGUCUCGGCAGCGGCGCCGCACCGUCUCCUCCGCCGGGUCCACGAGCAGGCUGGGCAGCUUCCGCGCCGGCCGCUGCUGACUCAUGCUGCCCAGCCGGCCGCCUCUCGCCUCGCACCCCGCGAGCUCUCCCGCCUUCUCCCGCUCGGGUCGGGCGCCGCCCCCGACCCGCCGGGUCCCGGGGUCCAAGCACGAACUGGACUCCUGGCCUGCCCGGAGGCGCCGCCUGGCUAGGCCGGCCCUCGGACGGGCGCGCAGCUGCCCCACGACCCCGGGAGCUGGAACGCGGGCGGGAGGAGAGCAGGGUGACCCACGGCUCUCAGGACGCCAGGCCCGCCAUCUUCCCGCAUGCGCAGUGCGCCGCCCCCAGUGCGCAUGCCCGGCGCGGCCGGAGCGCUCCCAAACACAGACCCGCGCCCGAAGGCCGGAGCCCGAGAAGUCCCGGAGAGCGGAGUCCGCGGAAAGGAUGGCGAAGGAAAAGGAAGACAUGGAGCAGGAAUUCCAGACGAAGGGAACGGGGCGAGAGGAAAGAGGCAGCCGGGACAACACUGUGGUCGCCUCGGAAUUCUCGACACUAAAGGUCAGUACCCUUUUUAGGAAGGUGAUGAGGCACGAGGACAAACACUUGGCGGGAAAGGAGUGUCGUAGAGAUGGAAGGAUGCAGAAAGAGGAGAGGUGGCACGGAGGAAGGAACAGACGAACCUGGACUGGAGCAAGUCCUGCAUCCACCCUUAUUAGCCUCACUGGCAAGCAUCUUAACCCUUAGGAUCCUCAGUUUCUCUGUUUGUAAACGGAGGGUAAACAUACCUCCAAUUCUGCUGUAUUAGAGACAAUGGACGUCAAGUCCCUGGUGCAUUGAAUCCAUCUUCAGUGGUAACACAAACUUCCUAGCUUCACAGGGGCUGUUUCUAACCAAGUCUUAAAGCUCCCUACCCCAGUGACUAAAAAUGGUUCUAAAAUGACAUCAAAUGGAACAAAGCCGGGCGGCUGACUCUUUGUUCUGAGGUUUUGUUCAGAGUUUGACAAGCUUUCCAGAGAGCUCCCAAGAAGAUGCUAGCCCACGAAAGUUGUCAUUGGGCCAGAUGCACGGAUUCAGUCUCUCCACUUAGCAACAGUAUUUGCCUCCUGCUUCAGAAAAGGAAACAAAAAAGUAAGCCUGCAGUUAAAUACACCCACAAGGGCAAAUCCCCAUGAAAGCCUGUCAAAAAAGAGCUGUGGGAAAGAUGAGCUAUUGCUGUACGCCUGGGUGAACUCCAAUGAGGAAGCCACAAAGGGGAGGGAGGAUGGGCACAGGGGCUUGUCAGUUGCAGCCCCCCAAAGGGUUUCAGCCUUUCCCUCCUCCUGAUUCCCACUGCCCCACGACUGCCCUCAUUGUCAUUGUUCCUGGACUAUUUUAACUGCUUCCUAAUUCAUUCGCCUGUCCUGCCAUUUCCAAGGGACUCUAUACUAUCACUGUCAAAUUAAACAACUGCCUUUUGGGGGGUGGCUGUUGACCUUUCAUUGCAGGAGAAAUCUUUCUAAAGCGUGGGUCUGAUCUCAUCACUCCUCUGCUUAAAAGCUGUCAGUGUACUUUGUCUGUAUUAUGCUCGAGGUUAGUGGUUUCCCCUGGGCACUGGUCACUUGCCUGCCUAGCUGUCUCCCGCAUCACACUCUUGGAGGGAGGGCAGGGGCUGGGUCCUGGGCACUCAGGGGCCCCCACCACCUUAUCAGAGCCAUUGGAUGCAUCACUUUCUCUCAGUCACAUUAAUCUUCAUUCAGUUCCUCAAAAGCUUUCCCCCACUGCUGAGUCUUCUCACAUCUUGUUUUCUUGGCUAGAACGUUAACCCUUUGACACCUCCCCUAGCAAAUGCCUCACCCUUAGUUUGCACAUUCUCCCCACCCCCCAGAAAGGCUUCUCUGAACCCCCAGUUGAGGCUAGCGCCCCAGCCUCCUUCCCACGUGUUGUCUGAUGAGCCCCACAACCUGGACUGAUGCCCCCAGUAACCUUUCACCAUCCAUAGACACAUUACAUUAUAAAUAAAUAGCAUUUGAAAAAAAACUAAACUCUUUACUAUGUUGACUUCAAAAUGUAAAUUCUAAAGCAAAACAUGACAACCCAAAUUAUAGAGGUAAUAGUUUGUCUUAAAUCUUUGAAGCACACCUUAACGCUGGACUUUGUUUUAAUUCAGCAUUAUCAGAUGAUUAAGUUUAGCAACUUUUAUUUUUCCUCCGACUGAAUUUUAUGAUGAAUGAUACUAAUGUUCUUAGUAUUUCUUAAAUAUUGUAGGUUUACGUUAGUUUCAUUUUGGGAAAAGAAAAUCCAUUUUAUUAAUUGUGUUAUUGUGUUAUUAAUUGUGCUUUUAUAAAAUCCAUUUGUAUUAAUUGUGUGGAAAGAAGACUCACAAUCAGCAAACUUGAAACCUUUUGUUUUCUUUGUUAGGUAGUUACACAUCAUUUUUAUAAUGAAAAAGAUAAAUGAUAAUACCUUCCCCUAAAAGAAAAGAAAGUUGCCAAAUAUUGGAGGAUAACCACGUUGGUUUCAGACUUCUGAUACCAACAGUACAAAAAUAUCAUUAGACCUCUGAGAAAUUUUGGACAAUGAAAAUUAAACAAGAAAACUGUUAAUUUUUUGAAGAGGCUCAUUUAUAUGGCUCAAAAUUCAAAAGGUACCAGAGUAAACAGUGAAAAAUGUCCCUCCCACGCCUGUCUCUCAGCGGCGAAGUCUAAAGUCGUCUCUGAAGCUCACGGGUUUUAUAUGGAUUGUUGCAGAGAUAUUUUAUGCAAAAAUAGUGCUCUAUGUUAUUUCCCCAAGCCUUGUUUGCACAUGAAUAAUCAUACUAUUUCUCGAUUUUUUUUAACCUAGCAAAAUAUCUUGCAGAUUGUUCCCUAACAGUGCAAUAAAAGUUUUUUUCACUCUUUUUCAUGUCUACACAGUAUUGCAUGGUGUGUAUGU